UGUUAUUUGUUUAUUUAUUUUCACUUUACUUCUUUCCAUUAAUUUCCAUACCAAAUUAAUCCUCUCUUCCUCCUCUCACUUUUUCUCUCCUCAAAUUUUGUUCUUGUUCAUUACUUCAAACAACAAAAAUGAAACGUUUCUCUGCUAAAAAUCUGCACCAACUCUUCUGCUAUCAUUCCUCUCCUUCUUCUUCUUCCUCGUCUUCCUUUGUUCAAGCUUCACGAUGGCGUUCCUCCAAGAAUAACCCUUCCUUCAAAACCCUUGCUUCCUUUCUCUUCUUGAUCUUCCUCUUCGUUCUCCUCGCCUUCUUCGUCCGUCACGGCUGGAUUACAACGGCGGAGGGAGAAGAUGGGGUUAAGAACAAAAGGUCAAAAGCAGCCGGCUCAACAAACAACACGUGUCCAGCGCACUUCCGUUGGAUCCAGGAAGAUCUACGGCCAUGGAGAGAAAGGGGAAUAACAAGAGGAAUGGUAGAACGGGGGCGUAGAACGGCCCAUUUCCGAGUAGUAAUCGUGGAGGGGAGGGUGUACGUAGAGAAAUACAAAGGUUCAAUCCAGACCAGAGAUGUAUUCACAAUGUGGGGGAUUUUGCAACUUGCGAGAUGGUACCCUAAGAAAUUGCCAGAUCUUGAACUCAUGUUUGACUGCGACGAUCGCCCAGUCGUCCGAUCUAAUGGGUUUAUGAAUGCAAUCUCGGGCCCGCCUCCUUUGUUCCGUUAUUGCUCCGAUGAGUCCAGUUUGGAUAUUGUUUUCCCUGAUUGGUCCUUUUGGGGAUGGGGUGAAAUAAACAUAAAACCUUGGAAAAUGGUAUUGGAAGAUAUAAAAGAAGGGAACAAGAGGACCAGGUGGAAGGAUAGGGUGCCCUUAGCUUAUUGGAAAGGUAACCCCCAGGUCGAUCCUUCUCGAAGAGACCUUCUCAAAUGUAAUCUCACUCAACAACAAAAUUGGGACACUCUCCUAUAUGUUCAGGAUUGGGACAAAGAAGCCAAAGAAGGGUACAAGCAAUCAAACCUAGAAGAUCAAUGCACCCACAGGUAUAAAAUAUACAUAGAAGGAUGGGCAUGGUCAGUGAGUGAGAAGUAUAUAAUGGCAUGUGACUCAAUGACAUUAUACAUGAAACCAAGAUUCUAUGAUUUCUUCAUAAGAGGGAUGGUUCCUUUGCAACACUUUUGGCCCAUCAAUGACCAAUCCAAAUGCUCUUCACUUAAAUUUGCUGUCCAAUGGGGUAACAAUAACACCAUUCAGGCAGAAGCAAUAGGAGAAGAAGGGAGCAAAUAUUUACAAGAGAAUCUAAAGAUGGAAUUAGUGUAUGAUUACAUGUACCAUUUACUAAAUGAAUACAGCAAGCUUCUUAAAUUCCGGCCAACGGUGCCCCCCGGUGCGGUGGAGUUGAAGCCCGAGACGAUGACCGGCGCCGCCCUGGGUUUGCAUAAGAAAUUUUUGGAGGAUUCCUUGGAAAAGUCACCGAGUCAAACAGAGCCGUGUGAUUUGCCACCUCAUGAUCCAACGGUUCUCCAUGAGUUUCGUGAGAAGAAAUUAAAUGCCUUAAAUAAAGUCCAAACUUGGGAAAAAGAAUAUUGGGAAAAACAAAGCAAAGCCAAUAAUAAUUAGAAUUUUUGGUAAGGCCGUUUGAGGCAAACAUUACCUCUAGACUAUAGUAAUUGUUUUUUUUUACAAUAAAUAUAAUAAUUUCAUAUCUAA